GGCGCAAGGGCAAGGUUAUCAUGUCAUUGGGAGAGGUGUAAGCGCCUAACCAUUGUUUUCAAGUAUGGGUUCUUGGGAUAUAGUAUCGACGUUACUGUACAGCAGCCUCUCCUCCUCUAUUCCUUUCCCUCGCCAGUCUGCACCCCAGGCAGAUCCUUCUAAUCCCUCGCCCAUGACCGAGGUUGCCUGGGAAGAUCAUGAAGUCAGGCGUAUGCGCUGUACGCCGACAUCCUCUUCGUCGUAUCCUUUGAAGGACCCCUAUAGUGACUCCGGUGCUCGCGCUCUCUUCCAUGACUCUCGCAUUCUUACUCGCAUUCCCUGCAUUACCAAGUGGUUCAGGCCAUCCGAGGUAUGCCAGCUUCCCUUCGGGAAAGAGUACGAUCGCAGUAUGCGUCCCCGGGCCCAGCGACGUUUCGAGAUGCACAAUCAUCUCCCCCGAAAGAACAAACAAAUCCUUUGAAGGAUACUCAUAGCGAGGAUGAGCAAUGGAAUCAUGACUGAGCUUCAAAGAGGGUGUCGCCCGUGGCUGGCAUGGCAGGAAGUUGGAA